UUAGACCCAUUAGGCCCAUAUAUCUUCUUCAUCGACAAGACACUCUCUCUGUUUUUCAAAAGCUUCACUAUUGUUUGCUUCCUCCUCCUCCUUCCCCUCCCUGCGUGUGUGCGUAAAGCUCAUCAUACUCAGCUUUUGUGCUUCUGGGUGUUUUACGGUUCUCUUGUUUCGGAAUCAAAAUGACAAAAGAUCUCUCCUUUAUUGGAUUCGAGAAGCAACUUGACGAAACCCUUUGUCAUUGAAACCAUUCCGGCCAAGUUUAAAGUUCUGUGAUUGGGAGUGAGGGAGUGAGAUACUGGGAGAAGUAAUAAUAAUGCCGGUAGUGGCGACGAGCCUCGUUUCGCUUCUGGAGAAUCUUAAAGUGGAGGAGCCGUACCUUCCUCCGCGAAAUUGGGAAUCUUUACCUUCUGAGAGUGGUCGAUCCCUUCCUCCAAGUCGUGCUUCUGCUACUCCUUCGUCUUCUUCAUCUGUCUCUGAAUCAAGCUUGGUCAGGCUGGCCCUUAAUGCUGUGCAAGGUGUUGAGUCUUCUCUUAUUAGCAUAGAACAGCUCUCUUCUGCGUUAUGCUCUGAGCCAGCUGACAGGACCCUCCACAAAAUUCCGAGCUUGUGGCAUCGGUUGUCAAGCACUGAUGCGCUGGGACAGAUUCUUAGAAACAUAGGCUGCUUUGGUUCUUUGGUUUUUCUUCUCCACAAGUUCAUAGACCAUUUCACAAGCUUGAAUUUGGAUGUGGAAACAGCUGGUCAGGGACAGGGGAGCUAUAAAAUUGGUGAAAAUGAAGAAGCCAAUAACAAGAUCUGCUAUACUCUUGUUAAUCAGGCUUUUGCUAUUGCUGUGAGAAAGGUCCUAGAAGGCUAUAUAUCUGGACUGGAUACAUUAUCUGCAUCUAUAGAACUGAGGCGUUCAUCAAACAUGGUUGAUGGGUCUGACCAUGGUUCGUCUUGGUUAGGCUGCCUUAAAAACGUCGUUCAUCCAAAUAUAACAUUAUUGGAAGUUUUUCUGCAUACUAGAGAGUUACGAACACAGAUUGAAGCUCUAGCGAACAUAUGUUAUUUGUAUGAUAUAUCCCUAUCUUAUUGUACCUCUCCUUGGGAAUGUUUGAUUAAGGAAGCCACCACGCGAUUUCAUGGGUUCUACAGAGGAAGCGACCUGCUUACUUACUUAUAUUCCCAACUACAGGUUGCUGAUCCUGCUCAUAGUGCUAUGCUUAAGUUUUUGUUCCUUAAAACAUGUGAGCCAUAUUGUGAGUUUAUAAGAUCUUGGAUAUAUAAAGCCGAACUUAACGAUCCUCACAAGGAGUUCAUGGUGGAAUGUGUCAGUCAACCAACAUCUUUUUCUUGGAAUAAGACUGGCAUCUCCCCAUUGGAAAGCGUGAGGGAGCGAGAAGGAGGGCUUGUUCCAUGUUUCUUGAACGGCUUAUUGGUACCUAUACUAAGGGCUGGUCAACAGCUUCAAGUAAUUACAAAACUUCUUGAACUGUGUAAUCUUCCUGCAUCUAGACACAAAAAUUACACAGACCUUCUUCCCUGCUGGACGUAUUAUUCUACCACUAGUCCAGGGUACCCAUCUCCAUUAAUUUUCAGCAAAUUACAUAUAGAAGUGAUGAUAAAGAAAAGAGACAAUUACUACAAAGGGAUGCUGGAAAAACUUGGUGACUUUUCGACAAAGUUUGAACUGUUUCCUGGGCAGGUUCCUGGAGCAAUAUCUUUACUACCCAUAUCCUAUGGCAGUGGAGAAGAAAUUCAGAAAAGUUCUCUUGAUUUCACACUGGAUGAUAGUUUCUUAAGUCCUUCAACAGUGGCAAUAGACUUGAGCAGGGACCAGAGUGGUUCGGAUUCGGAUGACCAGAAUAUAGAAGACAGAUGGUUUUCAGAUAUAGAUGCGUCAUGCUCAUCUGAAUGUUCAUCGGCUAGGGAUUCUGUGGAAGCAUCCGAUGUUGGACUCCUUGAUUCACAAAAUUCAUUAGUGGGACCUCCAAAAAAUUAUUUAUCAGCUCUACGUUUCUCUGUUGCCUCUGUUGGGAGUUGUAAUCAGAGUCUUGUUCAGCAUAGUGAUUCAGGUUAUAUAGACAACAAAAUUGUGAGGAAAGGUGAGAAGGCUGAUACUAAUCUUCAGUGGAUGAAAAUUGAGCCAGAAGAGUCAACUGAAGUAUGUGAGCAUGAUAUAUUUAGAGGCCCUCUUUCUAUUGAGUCAUGGCCCCUUGGCGGAUUACCUAGAAAUCCGUUUUGUGUUGAUAAGAAGUCUGCGGAUGAUUACAGAGAAGAUCCAGGAAAUCUAACAGGAGCGAGGAUGGAACAGAGACAUUUAAUGAGCACUGAUGUAAGCAAACUAUUUUUAAACAACAGUUCCAUCAGAGGCAGCUCUAUUGAUUUUCACAAGGAAUCUCAUGGUUCUAAGACUGAUAGAGAGUGUCAUCACCAUGCCAACCAAGAAUGUGGCACAGAUAAGUUUCAGGUUGACGAUCCUAAAGUUUCUUGCAGUCAGUUAUCUUCGGGUUUAAAAGGCUGCACUGAAGAAAAAAAAUCAAAUGCAUUUGGUGGAGGUAGAUGGGAGGGUAUGCUUUGUAGAUCAAAUAACCCUGAAACUAGUGCAUUUAGUGACUCCAGACAGGAUUCUUCUGGUACAUUUGAAUUGCCACUUGAUUUUGUUAUACACAAAUGUCUACUUCAGGAAAUACAUCUUCAAUAUAACUUUGUAAGUAAGCUAGCUAUCAAGUUGCUCGAAGAAGGAUUUGGCUUGCAAGAACAUCUGCUAGCUCUACGUAGGUAUCAUUUUAUGGAACUAGCAGAUUGGGCAGAUGUAUUUGUAGUGUCCCUUUGGCAUCAUAAAUGGCUUGUUACAGAGCCAGAUAAGAGAAUUGCCGAAAUCCAAGGGUUUCUAGAAUCAUCUAUCCAGCGAUCAUCAUGUGAACGAGACACUUGUAAAGACAGGUUAUAUUUGUACAAAGGACAAGGCACACUGCAUCUCCCGCCAUCAACCAUUGGAGUACGAUCCUUUGAUUUCCUAAGGUUGGGUUAUCGAGUGGAUUGGCCAAUCAGUAUAAUUUUAACAUGCGAUGCGCUGAAAGCGUAUGCUGAUGUAUUUGGUUUUCUGGUUCAAGUGAAAUUAGCAGCCUAUGCAGUAACUGAUGUCUGGUGUUCACUGAAGGAUGUAAGACAUAUGUUGCAUGAGAAUAAAGAGAAGAUAUUGAAGCAAGAACUCCGGUGGUUAAACAUAUUGAUGAAACUAAGGCAUCAGGUCAACCAUUUCGUAACAGCACUACAGCAAUAUGUACAUUCGGAAUUGUCUCACGUAUCAUGGUCUAAGUUCCUUCAUUCCCUGAAGCAUAAGGUGAAGGAUAUGAUGGAUCUUGAAUCUGUGCAUAUGGCUUAUCUAAGAGAAGCUCUGCGCAUAUGUUUCCUAUCUGACGAAACACGAGUAAUAUCUAACAUCAUAGAGAACAUCUUGCAAUGCGCAGUGGACUUCAGGUCUUGUCUUCCCAGAGGCAUGCAGAGUACAGGUCGAGUCCCAAACGAUUCAUGGACAAAAACGGUGGGCAUAAACACAUCUCAGGUGAUGAUGGUUAAGCAAAAUUUUGACAAAGAGUUGAAGGAGCUGCAUAAGUGUCACCUGAGAUCACCAAAACAUGGGAAAUCUGGGCUAUCUCGCUUUUGGGACUGCCUCAAUUUCAACCUUUAUUAUUCAGAUAUCCUUCAUGACUCUAACAUCUUCGCUCUUGUUCCUUAAUACUGCAUUAUUUGACACUCUUGUGUGUUGUGUAUUUUUUGUAUAAUAUAUAUUUUUAAUUCGAAUACAGUUUCCACACAAAUAAUUGAGCUUAUCUUAU